AUGAAAAACCCUGAUUGCGCUUGCCGCCUCGGAACACAAGAUUCCAUGCGUACCCAAUGGGCCAUCUAUGUGUGGCCCCUCUUUGCGGCCUACUGCGUCACGAAUGGCUGGCUCAAUGCCUCCCAGACGGAUUUGACUUCUAUAGUGACCUUGACAACAACACAACCCAUCAUCGUCACACGUACUAGAUCCGCCACUUCCGAGGGCGACGGCACACGUACUACCGUGGGUAUCGAGACAUCCAUAUCAGAGACAGAGGCUGGUUCAACCCCAGCACAAGCCGCAACACCGACGACGCAAUCGACAGCCCCUAUUGCCGAACCUACGUCUGCGAUUGGUGGUGAGAACAGCGACUCCUCCUCCUCCUCCUCCGAAUUAUCCACGGGGGUGAAAGCUGGAAUUGGAGCUGGAGCUGCCCUUGCGGCAAUGUUGGCCGUAAUUCUACUCUUUUGGUGGCGAAAGAGGAAGAAGGUCAGCUUGAGUGAUAGCAACGAGAAUAAUAUCACAUCAGAGCUCGGCGGCGGGGACAAAUCCGACAGGUAUGAGUUGGAUUCAUAUACGACACCAUUGGAAGCCGAUAAGAAGAGCCCUGCAUCAUUCACAAGUCAACAGAAUUAG